CAUUACUCAACAAACACUUAAAAAUAGUAACAAUGGAAGACGAAGUUCUGCAAAAUCUCUGGACCCGUUUGAGAAACCCAUAAAGGAAAUCUCUCUCUCUAUCUCUGUUUUCUUCUAUCAUCAGAAAGUUAAGCUAUAGAUCUAUCCUUGUCUUUCUAGAAUUAUCUGGAGAGUGUGGGGACAAGAAGAAGCAGAAAACAUGUCGACGUCGGCGAGGAAGAGGCUGAUGAGGGAUUUCAAGAGGCUUCAGCAGGAUCCUCCGGCGGGCAUCAGUGGUGCUCCGCAAGAUAACAACAUUAUGUUUUGGAACGCCGUAAUUUUUGGACCAGAUGAUACUCCUUGGGACGGAGGUACGUUUAAGCUGACUCUGCAAUUUACAGAAGAUUACCCUAAUAAGCCUCCAACAGUCCGCUUCGUCUCACGAAUGUUUCAUCCAAAUAUUUAUGCAGAUGGAAGUAUUUGCUUGGAUAUAUUACAAAAUCAGUGGAGUCCUAUAUAUGAUGUCGCUGCCAUACUCACUUCCAUCCAGUCCCUGCUUUGUGAUCCAAAUCCAAACUCUCCCGCAAAUUCUGAAGCAGCUUUAAUGUUCAGUGAGAAUAAGCGAGAGUACAACAGAAGAGUGCGCGAAAUAGUGGAGCAGAGCUGGACAGCUGAUUAAGGGCCUGUUUUAGGCUCCAAUGCCCCCCCCCUCACAUGAAGGGCAAAAAAGAAGCACAGGUGGUGGGCUCUUUUCGGGACCUCCUGUUAGAAGUUGUUGUACCUUAUUUUGCUUUCAAAUGCAUUGCUUGUAGAAAAAAUUUGCCUGAAAAACUUCAUUUCUGCCUCCUAGACAGCUCAGCUAAAACUUCUUUUUUAAUUCUCUAUAUGCCUUUCCAUUCUACUUCUUCUGUAGCAUGUGCAUAAGAUAGCAGUUUUGUUGUUGGUUUUGGUUGUGAGAAAGUGGGGAAAGUAGUUUGUAAUCUUUUUCUCAGUAGGUUUCCACAUCAUGAUUUGCUGUUGGGCAUAAUUGCUAGGCAGCUUGUUCU